AUGCCGUCAGAGACGGCAUCAGAACAUCGCGCAGUAAAGAGGAACAGCCAUGUAGAAGACAUUAACACUGUACAAGUGUUCCUUAUGGAAUGGUGCUUCGAGAUUUCAGUAAAAAAAAUAAGAAAGCUGAGAAAUCACAGUGGUUUGCAAAGGCUUAAGAAACUGCACCGGCCGUUUGUGAUGAAUUCUACAUCUGAAUACAGUAACAUGACACAGAUGUCUGUGUACAACAUCAAGAACAUUGAAAUUGUGAGGAUAUCUCUCUAUAUCCUGACUUUUUUUUGCCUGUGUGUGUUCUUGUGUUUCAUCACAGGUAUCUUGAGGCUCUACUUCAACUCAGCUCACAUAAAAGAGAACCCUCGCUACAUUCUAUUUGUCCACAUGCUUAUCAACGAUACAAUAUAUCUUGUCCUGGGACUUUUUUUAGUUUUUGCUACUACGCAUAUAGUACAUAUUCCUGUGCCAAUUUGCUACAUUCUGGUCACUGUAACUUCAACGUCCUUUAAGGUCACUCCAUACAACCUGGCAGCCAUGGCUCUUGAGCGAUAUAUCGCUAUUUGCUUUCCUCUGCGCCAUGCAGAGAUAUGUAACAGACAAAAAGCCAAUGUUGCCAUAAUCAUUAUUUGGGCUGUUGGACUCAUACCUAAUAUUGCUGAUUUUAUUUCUUUGACCUCCACAGUAGAGAAGAACUAUUUUUUGCUCUCUGUGAUUUGCUCCAGAGCUACGUUUACAAUAACUACGGUACAAAACAACAUUCGCGCAUUCACUCAUACCUUCACAUUUUCUUUGGUGGCAUUGAUAAUUAUUGUCACCUACAUUGAAAUCAUGUUGGUUGCAAUGAAGAUUGACUCAAGCACGGCAUCUGCAUCUAAGGCAGGAAAAACAGUCAUGUUGCACGCGAUCCAGCUGAUGUUAUGCAUGCUUGCUUUCACCUAUUCCAUUACAGAGACAUACCUAAGAACAUAUGUUGCCAUAUUGCCUUUACUUAAUUUCUUCUUCUUAAUGUGUUUGCCAAGGUUUCUAAGCCCUUUCAUUUAUGGAAUGAGAGAUGAAAUGUUUCAAACCUAUAAUGCAAAAGAACAAUAUCCACAAAAGCAAACUAAAUUUAUCCCUCCACCACCUUACUCCCAAGCACCUCCAUCUUACACCAAUGAGAAUCGGUUUAAAACAACUAUAGGCAAAUCUUCAGAUGUACCUUCUGAGGAACUUCCUCGUAGGACAUUGAGACCAUUUAUAAAAACUCCUGAUAGAUAUGGAUUUGGAAAUGGUAGUGUAAGAUAUAGAGCAAAAGGCACAGGGGGCCAGGAUAGAUAUCAGGAGCGUGAAACUCGUUCUGUUGAAAGAGGUGACAUUUCUGUUACCCCAGCUACUACUAAGAAAGUAGGGAAAAUAAAGAAAUCCCUAUCAGACAUCCCAGAGGAGUCUAAAGAUGAAUGA